UGCAGUAAAGUCCAGCUGCUGCGCUGCGACACCGUUUUUCCGGAUCACGCCGUGGAAAAAAAAAAGCUCUCAACUUCCGUUUUCAUUUUUAAUCCAUUUGCUUCUUCAGGUUGAUUCCCAGGAGCGGAUUGAGUCCGGGAGCCGCUGAAAAAUCGUGCCUUUUUUGGUUUGGGUUCCCAAGAUUCUUCUCCCCCAUCUCUCUGCGUCUUUUCCACGCCACGGCGACGGUGGUUGGAGACUUGGAGCUCCCCGGUGAUACCCGUCACCGUCGAGCUUGCCUUUUUUGGGCGUAGGAGCGAUUCCUUCUCCGGCCUUGGGUUCUUUGGAGCUGCGAGGUGAGCUGAGCCGAUGAGCAAGAGGAGCGGCGGCGUGCGGUUGCAAUGCGCGGCGGCGGCGGCGGCGGCGGAGGAGUUGGGGUGCUGCUUCCUCGCGCUGCCACCGGCGGCGCCUCCUAGUGGUGGUGGUGGUGGUGGUAGCGAUGGUGGAUUCGACCUGGCUUGGACUCUCCACCAGUCGUUCCACCCUGCCUCCGGCCUCUUCGCCAGCGUCGGGCCGCAGGUGGGGGUGGGCUUCCCGGCGUCCUCCUCCUCGAGCGCGCCGUCACCGCCGGACGCUCCCGGAGACCCGUAUGUAGAGUACGUCUCGCCGUGUGAGGGUGAGGGUGAGGAGCUGAUGGAGAAGGGGAAUACGAAGAGGAAAUCAUUCAAGCUCAAGAUCAAGGUCGGCAAUCCCCACCUGAAGAGGCUGAUCAGCGGGGGGAUUGCCGGCGCGGUGUCGCGGACGGCCGUCGCGCCUCUGGAGACGAUCAGGACGCAUUUGAUGGUCGGGAGUAAUGGGAAUUCGACCACAGAGGUGUUCCAGUCCAUCAUGGAGCAUGAAGGAUGGACCGGGUUGUUCCGCGGCAACUUUGUUAAUGUCAUUCGAGUAGCCCCAAGCAAAGCAAUUGAGCUUUUUGCUUUUGAUACAGCUAAUAAGUUCUUGACCCCCAAGCCUGGGGAACAACAGAAGGUCCCACUCCCUCCUUCACUAGUCGCUGGAGCAUUUGCUGGUGUCAGCUCAACCCUGUGUACUUACCCUCUGGAAUUAAUUAAGACACGAUUAACAAUACAGAGAGGUGUAUAUGAUAACUUUCUCCAUGCGUUUGUCAAAAUCGUCCGUGAAGAAGGCCCCACUGAGCUGUACAGAGGCCUGACACCAAGUUUAAUUGGAGUCGUGCCAUAUGCCGCGACCAACUACUUUGCCUAUGACACCCUUAAGAAGGUGUACAAGAAGAUGUUCAAGACGAAUGAAAUCGGCAACAUUCCCACCCUGCUCAUCGGGUCCGCAGCAGGAGCUAUCUCCAGCACAGCUACUUUCCCCCUCGAGGUUGCACGCAAGCACAUGCAAGUUGGCGCCGUCGGUGGCAGGAAGGUCUACAAGAACAUGCUUCAUGCGCUCCUGAGCAUUCUGGAGGACGAAGGUGUUGGGGGACUUUACAGGGGACUGGGGCCAAGUUGCAUGAAGUUGGUGCCAGCCGCUGGGAUUUCGUUUAUGUGCUAUGAGGCUUGCAAGAAGGUAUUGACAGAGGAAGAGGAUGACUGAAAAACGCAUCCUCGCUCUCAUCAGAGCUCAAUUUUGUGACUUUCUGAACUGGAGGCGUCUUCUGGCGUUGAUUUGAAAUCAAAUCAUGCUGAAAUCGGAUGUAUUUCAUAUAGUUCAGGAUUUUAACCCCAACUCUGUGGUGUCAGCUUGGCCUGACAAAACUUGCCUCCUUCCCCAGUUUUGCUUCAGGAUGUCUUUCAAGAACUGAUUUCUGCGAGUUUUAUGGAGUGAUUGAAACGCCAAUGGGCAGUCAUAAUUCCCAAGUGAUGCAACAACAACUAUUCUCUGUAAUCUGUUGCAACUGUGCUAUCAAAUGAAAAAUUCAUCUGAUGAUU